UUUGACAAAUGACAUCUGACUGACAUUGACAAUUUGCUCAAAACUCAAAAACACGUCAGAGAAAAGUGAAUUAACUUUAAGUACAUUUAAGAGUUAUUCAGCUAUGCAUUAAUUGUGAAGUAUAAAAAGACAUGGACGAUACAGAAAGUACAACAACGUCAGCUGAUGAAAACACCGGCAAUCUUUGCGAUAAUCCCACAAGAGAUACGCUCGCGGAGGGCUUGUUAGGACUUCUCAAACCGACUGUUGAUAAACUUGACGACAGAGUACGGGCUACGAGAAUAUCCCAGUUGGAAUUAAAACAGCAAAUAGAUUCACUGAAUGAAGAGUUGCUAAAAGUUCGGGAGUCACUCAACAAUCAUCCAGACUUGGACCCUUAUGUGAAGAAAUUAAUUACAUGUAAACAUAAAGUAACUAUUGUUCUUAAUAUCCUACAAGCCUCACAGGAUAGAUUAAAUCAAAUAAGACGAAUGGUAGAAAAAGAUAAACCAAAAGUAAAGGUCAUAUCGGAACCUUUAGGAGAACCUGUGCAAAGUACCAGCGGUGUUUCUGCAAAAGGAAGUAUUAACUAACAAUAUGGAGACACCAA